GGAGCCAGCAAAGGAGCUAGCCAGAUGUUUUCUGUGUAGUGCGCGUGUUAUUGUUUUCUUUAUAAAAUAACCUAAAGUUUAUUAAUAAUUGAAUUAGUUCAAUAAAGAAAUGAAGCUUUAGUGCAGCAAUUCAAAAUGGAAGACGUAAUUCUGAAUCCUGGUGUAGUUGUGGUUCGUGCCAAGCCAGAAGGGCAGAGAAAAACUUUUAAACCAAACGUGAGAUCAUUGAACAAAAUUCCAGACGAUAUACUCAAUGACCCUCUGUUAAACAGAGCUUGUGAUUCAUUACCUAAAAACUAUAACCUUGAGAUUCACAAGACAAUUUGGAGAAUACGAUCUCUGCAUGCGAAGAGAGUCGCUCUUCAAAUGCCGGAAGGCUUGACAAUGUUCGCCACAACAAUAUGUGACUUAAUUGAAACUUUCACUGAAGCAGAUACUGUGAUUAUGGGCGAUGUCACUUAUGGAGCAUGCUGUAUCGACGACUUCACGGCUGUGGCACUGGGAGUUGAUUUGUUGAUACACUAUGGUCAUUCCUGUCUAAUUCCAAUAGAUCAAACAACUGAUGUUAAAAUUCUUUAUGUAUUUGUGGACAUAAAAAUUGAUCCAUCCCAUUUUGUUGAAACUAUCAAAUUUAAUUUUCCAAAGGGUACACAUUUAGCUUUAGUUAGUACAAUUCAAUUUGUCACAACUCUGCAUUCGGUAGCUAAAAAUCUUCGUAGUGAAGAAUACAUUGUUACGGUUCCUCAAUGUAAGCCUUUGUCUCCUGGUGAGAUACUUGGUUGUACUGCCCCUAAGUUAACUGCAGAUGUGAUAGUAUACUUAGGUGAUGGUAGAUUCCAUCUAGAAUCCAUAAUGAUAUCAAACCCAACUAUUGCUGCCUACAAAUAUGAUCCGUAUGAUAAAAAGUUUACAUCAGAAGUUUAUGAGCAUCAAUUAAUGCAGACUAAUAGAAUGAACCAGAUAAAAACAGCAGAGAAUGCAGGUACCUUUGGUUUGAUUCUAGGAACUUUAGGAAGGCAAGGGAGCCCAAAAGUAUUAUCUAACCUAGAGAAGCAAAUUAGCAAUUCAGAUAAAAAAUAUGUGAAGAUACUUCUGUCUGAAAUCUUUCCUAGUAAACUUUCUUUAUUUAAUUUAGAUGCUUUUGUUCAAGUGGCUUGUCCGAGACUUUCGAUCGACUGGGGAACUGCCUUUCCUAAACCUCUGUUGACACCAUAUGAGUUUUCAGUCUCAUUAGGGAAUAGCAAGUGGCUAAUGGAAGAUGGCACCUAUCCAAUGGACUUUUAUUCAAAUGAUAGUCUUGGUCCAUGGACUCCAAAUUAUAAACCUAUGCUCUGCUCAGGAACAGAUAAGAAAUGUGACAAUUGUUGUAAUGGCAGUGGUAAAGACAAAAAGAUUAGUAAAAGUUCUGAAUGAGCUUACCGGGAUGUUAGAUGGUACUACAGCAGCACUUUCUCGGGCCUGGGCAAAUACUUGAGAGUCCAAAAACUUUGAGGGGAAGGUCUCGGCAAAAUUAGGGAUUUGAAUGUCUCGGGUGUCUCUCCUGUAACACAACCAAAUUCAAAUCAUUGUCAAAAACCAAAAACAAGGAACUAUAAAAUAAUGAAUGUUUGUGUAAGACACAUUUCCUUACCUGUGCAUUAAGGCUACAGAGUAGCAGUAGUUAAACAGCUGAGGGUUGAGAUUGGACCUUGCAUAUACACAAGUUGACAGUAAUUCUUGUAGCUGGUCAGUGGGAACCCCUGGAGAAAUAAUUUCAAUAGUUUAUA